UGAGGAUCAGUUUAACAAAAAAUCUUACCCACUCAGAUAUAAAUACCUCAAAUCGACGCAGACUUAUCGUUCAUCUUCUCCGUUUCUUCUUCUCUUCGUCUCCUCCUCUGCAACACCAAAUGUAGUUCCGGUAAUCGAUUCAGAUUCUCCAAAAUGGCCCGAUUCCGGCACGUUCGUUACCCGAAACGCAUCCCAUUACGUGUCUGGCUUCAUUUCCAAAAGUCUCAAGGUCUACUUGUGGGUGGAAAUCACACCUCCUGCAGUUUCUUCAACAAUGGCGUUAAAGCUCUUCAAGCUUCAGCUUAUCUACCACAACUUCUCUUACAAGAGCUUGAUUCUUAGAAUAUUCCUCUUGUCCAUCGCUGUGGCGGCAAUCCCAUGUUUCAAUCUCGUCAAUACAAUUGACGUAUGCGAUUCCUCCUGGACGAUCGAGACCGUCAAGCUCCGAAUGAACGUUUCAGAUCUGGAGGCCGGGUUCGGAGAGCUAAUGACGGCGAACUGGCUCGUCGAAGGCAACAAAGCUCUCUCGAUUGGCCGUGAUUCCGCGAGGGCGGUUAUGGUAAUGAAGAGAUUGGGUUUCGCUGAUGCCAUUGGCGUUUACAGAUCUUGCUCGUCCCUGUUCCGGCGAGGUGGGAUUUACGGGCUGCAAUUCGGUGACGGGUUGUUCGAUUUCGUGUUCUCGACGGAGAUGAUCGACGGGGUUCGGGUCCCGGCGAGGUUGGUUUUGGAGAUGGAGAGGGUGCUGAGGCCGGGAGGUGUUGGCGUCGUGAUGCGACGGCUUUCCGGCAGCUUCCCUGCAACGGCGGUAAUGAAGGCCGCCGCUCCGGUGGGCUCGUUCCUCAGAUCCUCAGACGUUGUCGGUGUCCGUACGAUAAACUGUACGGUCAUGGUUGUCUUUAAGAAGAGAGAUGGAGACAGCAGUGAUGACAUGAUUGACCAGAAAGCGCGUCUGAUCUCUCCCAGCACUACCGGUUCAGUGCAGGCGAAGAGUGUGAAGGAUAACACAUUUACCAAAAUGCCCCCGGAUUUGAAAGGAAAUUACAUUGGUUCUCCUAUUUCUGCAGCCUUGAAGUUAAAGAGGCGAUAUUUAAGCAAGGCACCCUUUAUUCGUAGCAGAUCUGGACGAACGAAGAGCGUCGGUUGAGGGCUUGUUUGGUAAUUAUGCAGCCGUACUGCUGGCUGCUGCUGUUGUGCGCCUUGCGCGGUCGACAAGCUUUCAUGAAAUAAAACCGGUGGGGUCAUUGACACGUGGCUAACAUCCAGCUAUUGAAAACACGUGCGGUAAUGCCCUCGCUGUCGUUGUGUUGUUCAUGUUUGUACUAUUGGGCCCAUUUCCACGUGGAUGCCAGCUCUGCUGUUUUAGACACGUGUCAUACUGCUUGCCCAUUUGUUGUUGUUGUUGGAUUAGAAUGUAUUAGAGUAAGCUACACGCCUAAAGGAUAGAUUACACGUGAAAUCGUAGCAUGUGGGUUUGUGGAAUAUCGAAUCCAUGAGUUGUUUUGCUUGUUGCUCCAAUUGGAAUAUCAAAUAUGUGUACGGUUGGUAGAAAUCGUAGCAUGUGGGUUUGUCUUUGUGGGUUUAUUGUAGUGAAGUGCCGGCUUGGGCUUUCUAGCCCUUAACUUGCUUUGCUAUUGUCAGAAAAGCUUUGGAUGGGUACUUUUACAGCGGCAUUUUCGUGUUA